UCAUGCCCCGUUUAAGUCUCGCGUUAUUUCAUUACUUCCUCCUCUUUCACUCCCUGGAUAGAACAUGGCGGUCGGUAAAAACAAGAGGCUGACCAAAGGUGGCAAGAAAGGUGCCAAAAAGAAGAUUGUCGACCCCUUUUCCAAGAAGGAUUGGUAUGAUGUCAAGGCACCAGCCAUGUUCAACAUCCGUAACCUGGGCAAGACCUUGGUCACCAGGACUCAGGGAACCAGAAUCGCCUCUGAUGGGCUGAAGGGUCGUGUGUUCGAGGUGAGCCUCGCUGACCUGCAGAACGAUGAGGUCGCUUUCCGCAAGUUCAAGUUAAUAACUGAGGACGUGCAGGGCAAGAACUGCCUGACCAACUUCCAUGGCAUGGACCUGACCCGUGACAAGAUGUGCUCUAUGGUCAAGAAGUGGCAGACUAUGAUCGAGGCCCACGUCGACGUGAAGACCACAGACGGAUACCUGCUGCGCCUGUUCUGUGUAGGCUUCACCAAGAAGCGCACCAACCAGAUCAGGAAGACCUCGUAUGCCCAACACCAGCAGGUUCGCCAGAUCCGUAAAAAGAUGAUGGAGAUUAUGACCCGCGAGGUGCAGACCAAUGACCUGAAGGAAGUGGUCAACAAAUUGAUCCCCGACAGCGUUGGCAAGGACAUCGAGAAGGCAUGUCAAUCCAUCUACCCCCUCCAUGACGUGUUUGUCAGAAAGGUCAAGAUGCUGAAGAAGCCCAAAUUUGAACUGGGCAAAUUGAUGGAGCUCCACGGAGAAGGUGGUUCCAGCAGUGCAACAGCCAAGCCCGCUGGCGAGGGAGACACUGGGGCCAAGGUGGAGCGUGCCGACGGCUACGAACCCCCAGUCCAGGAGUCUGUCUGAGUUCAGAGACUUUGAAUAAAACAUGUAAAUUUAAA